GCAUUGAUUGGUUAGUGAAGAUGGGGCGGAAGAAACAGUUACAGAAAAAGGAGCAUGCAUCUCCGAAAUGGAAAGAUGUCCGCCAUAGGGAGAAGGGUCGAUCCUUGGAGUCAUUCGGAGAGGAUCUUCAAGAUGCUUUACCAGCUGCUGGUGAUGGGACAUCUGAGGAUGGAACAUGCCCGAAAUUCCACUUCCCAUGUCCACUGGCCAUGUGGGAAUUGGGACACUGUGAUCCAAAAAGAUGUACAGGCAGGAAACUUAUUCGCAAAGGGUUUGUCCGCAACCUGCGCAUCAACGAGAGGUUCAGUGGACUAGUUCUGACUCCUGUAGGAACCAAAUACGUCUCACCCUCUGACAGAGAGAUUGUGGAGCAGCGGGGUGUGGCCGUCAUCGAUUGUUCCUGGGCUAAGUUAGUGGACACUCCUUUCUCAAGGAUGAAGGGCAGACACCUCCGACUGUUGCCCCACCUCAUUGCUGCUAAUCCAGUGAAUUAUGGGCGACCCUGCAAGCUUUCCUGUGUUGAGGCUUUUGCAGCCACCUUUUCCAUCGUGGGGUUUCCAGAACUGGCUGAGAUUCUACUGAAGAAGUUCAAAUGGGGGAAAACCUUCUUGGAACUGAACCAAACAGCACUGGAGAAGUAUAGUAUGUGUCAGAAUGAGGUGGAGGUCCAACAGGCUGAGCAGGAGUGGCUUGUUGAAAAGCAAGAGCCAGAAGAACUGGAAGAUCCAUUUGAUGUUGAUUCGGGAAAAGAGUUCUGUAAUCCUAAUAGGCCCAACCUUGGAAGAGUUGUGGAGCUUGAAGAAAGAAGUGAUGAAGAUUCUGAGGAAGAAGAUGAAAAUAGUAAACCAGAGGAAGAAAAUGAAGCAGAGGUUUGCAGUGAAUAUGAAGAGCAAGCAGCGAGCAGUGAGGAAGAACAACUUGCUGGAAAGACCAUCAGGGUUGCAGAGGAUUGAGGGUGAAUGUAAUAGUGAAGGACUCUGCAGGACUUGGUAGGAGGCCUCCUCCCUGUUAACAGACACGUUUUUAUUUUUAAAAUGUCAGUGUGUUCAGAAUACGUAUUUAUAACUAAUAGUUGGGCUCUAUGUAGGGCACUGUUUAUUUGGUCAAAUUAAAGGACUUGCACUUUUACAGUAUCCUUCAGUGUUAAGAAUAGUAAACCAUUUAGCCUCUCAAGCCUAUUCUACCAUUCAAUGAGUUUCCAACUGCUCUGUUUUUCCUUUUACAAAACUCCAUUUAUUUUUCCAUAUAUCCAUUUAUGGGAUCCAAAUUUCAAUCAGAGUGCAGAAGUUUCUUCUAAGUACAGUCAUGAAUAACGUUGGUCUAAUUUUUUGGAUUAUGUCUGAAAGCUCAAAUUGCCCCUUAAACUUCUGAAUUCCAGCAAAUCUGACCCUAGUUUCUGCAUUCUCUUUCUGUGAACUAGCACCUGGUCUAGGUACAUUAAUGCUGCACUUCCUCCAGCACAGAUAAUUUCAUCCAAGGACAUGGUGCCCAGAAUUUCACACAUAACUGCAAAUGUGGGUUUAACGAGGGCAUUGUAAAGCUGUAGCGUAAUUUCUGUCUCCUUGUACUCCAGUCCUUGGGGUAUAAAGGCCUGCUUUCCGUUAGCUUUCUUGAUUAACUUCUAUAGCUGCUAUUUUAAUUAUAUUAAUAAACAAUUUUCAUGUACCCCUAAAAAUCUUUAGACAUCCAGGAUUUCUAGCUUUUAACCAUUUAGAAAAUACUCUUUUACCCUUUUGGGUUCCAAAUUAAUGACAUCUGUGCACUCAUUUUUGAAUCCAUUUGCUACAGUUCUUUUCCAUUUGCUUUAUUAAUACUUAAUUGUAAUUUAAUGCUGCCUUCCACAUUGUAUUCAAUGCUAUCUGUAUCAUCAGCAAUCCUGGACAUCCUAUUAAUGAAGUGAAUAGCUGUGGCCCCAGCAUUCAUCCUGCCAGGUUGAGAACCCAUUCACUAAAUUGGAAUCAUAGAAAAUUUAUAAUACUGAAGGAGACUAUUUAGCCCUCCAUGUCAAUGGCAAUGCAGAAAGAGGAGCCACCCUAAUGCAUCCUUCCAGUAUGAUGUCUGAGGUCCGUGGUGUAGUAGUCAAAGGGUUAAAAGCAACCAUCCCAGAAAGUUUGAAUAAACAUUUGGAUGUCGCCACAUACAAGAAUGGUUAAUGGUCUGUGAAGUUCUCUGAGAAUGCUAAGAAAAUAUAAGGAAAUUGAUAACUUAAUUCAAAGAGCCAAUAUCUGGGUAUUGAUUGAUUGCACAAUUGUGAAUCAGGAAUUGUUUUGAGAAGCCAUUGAUGGCAAUAAACAUCUUCCAUGGCAUUUAGGUCUUCAAAGCUAGAAGAGUUAGUUCUUACUUUGGUAAUAAGAGAUAUUUAAAGGCCUAGGCUAAGUCAGUGAGUUACCUGUGUGGUGGAACUUGGUCAUGAGACCCACAUGGGAAAACUGUCAAGAGCAAUCAAUUCCAUGCUCUGUUUCUGUUUAGCUCAGUUCCAAUGAUGAGGAUACUACACAAUUAUUGAAAUGGAAAAUGGAGAUUGUCAUAUAAUAACCAGUAGUCCAGCUGCACUGGUACAAAAAUGGACAAAAUAGGUCGGACCUGGACUAGAAUAUUGAUGUGAAACAAUCUCAUUGGAGAACAGAAGGAACUGGAGCACGAUGGAUAUUGGAAACAGGAUUUAACUCCCUACUGAAACUGGAAUGAUACAAGUACCUGGGACUAACACAGUAAAGAGGAACCUUGGGUGUGGGAUUUGGAGAACAAAGUCACAUGCUUGUACUUUACUUUUCUAGUUAAAAGUUUGAAUAAAGCUAAGUAUAUCUUUUACCAUUUGUGAAUAAUGUAUCUUUAAUAUUAAUGCA